AUGUCCGCGUCCACAUCCUCCUGCAAAGUGACCCUCGAGAACGUCGCCGAGAUACUCCAAAAUGACACCAAGGUCAAGCUGGCAGGUGUCGACGUGGACGGCCAGCUGCGCGGCAAGCUCAUCUCCAAGAAGAAAUUCCUCUCCAUCGCGGCUGAGGGAUUCGGAUUCUGCUCGGUGAUCUUUGGUUGGGACAUGCACGACCGGACAUAUUUUAAAGAGCUGGCGAUCAGUAACAAGGAGAAUGGAUACCAGGAUCUCGUCGCGGUGCCUGAUCUGAGCAGCUUUCGCCGAAUCCCCUGGGAGAACGAUGUCCCCUUCUUUCUUGUCAGCUUUUUCGAUCCGGAUACUAAGGAACCUGUUUGUGCUUGUCCGCGGGGGUUGCUGAAGACGGCGCUCAGUAAGGUGGAGGCAGCAGGAUACCGUGCUAUGGCCGGGGCGGAGUAUGAGUUCUAUCAAUUCCGCGCACCAGGCGACUACCCCACACCCGAACGGAAUGCCUCCGCAACCGCCGCCUUUCUCCAAAAGAACCCUGUCGAAGCGUUGCCUGCGCUGACGGAGGGUAUGUUUGGAUACAGUCUUACUCGUCCCAUACACAAUCAGGAUUACUACUACUGCAUAUUCGACGCAUGCGAGCAGUUCAACUGCGAGAUUGAGGGAUGGCACACGGAGAGCGGGCCCGGUGUAUUUGAAGCAGCAUUACAAUUCGGUGAAGCCAAGGAGAUGGCAGACAAGGCCGGGUUAUUCAAAUACGUGGUCAAGUCCAUCGGCGCGAAACAUGGCAUCACGCCGGCAUUCAUGGCAAAACCACGCGAAGGUCUGCCCGGCAACAGCGGACACAUGCAUAUCUCGCUGGUUACGGAAGAUGGAAAGAAUGCUUUUCUCCGCCCGACACCUGACCCAUCCCCGCCCUAUCCAGACGUCGCGCACCUCUCCGAUCUGGGAAGACACUUCUUGGCAGGUAUUCUGACCGGCUUACCGGAUAUCAUGCCUCUGUUUGCACCGACGAUCAACUCCUACAAGCGGCUGGUGGAGAACUUCUGGGCCCCGGUCACCGUAUCCUGGGGUCUGGAGCACCGGGCCGCUUCCAUCCGGUUGAUCACCCCGCCCACAGCCAGCGCGAAAGCAACUCGGUUCGAGGUGCGCGUGCCCGGUGCAGACGCGAACCCUCACUUUGUCCUAGCCGCUAUUGUCGCGUUGGGUUGGCGCGGUGUCGAGAAGAAGCUGGAAAUCCCUGUCCCGCCUCUAUCCAAGGGCGAGGACAUGGGUGGUGCCAGCGAUCAGGGCGUCCGACUGGCCAAAACAUUAAAGGAAGCGACUGUUGCAUUCAUGCGCAAGGACAGCGUUGCACGAGAGGUAUUCGGCGAUAAAUUCGUGGAUCACUUUGGGGGGACGCGAGAACAUGAGGUGCACCUGUGGGAGGAAGCGGUGACUGAUUGGGAGGUGCGGCGGUACAUCGAAACGGUCUAA